UGAUGCCUUAUUACACUCGCAGUUACAUACAAGUGGUUAUGCAAAAUGUUUUAUAGGUUAACACGCGUUUCAAAAAUUAUAGGGUGUUUCUGCAUUAGACGCUGUAGUCAAACUUCGAGGUUUAAAGGGAAAAUUGCUCUUAUUACUGGAUCAACACAGGGAAUUGGACUAGCCACAGCACGGAAGUUUGCUCAGGAGGGCGCUAAAGUGAUCAUUUCCAGUAGAAAACAAGAAAAUGUUGACAGUGCCUUAAAAAUGUUACAUAAUGAAGGACUGGAUGUUAUCGGACUAGCUAGUCAUGUUGCCAAAAAAGAGGAUAGGAAUCUGCUAUUAUACGAGGCAGAAAAAUUAGGAGGAAUAGAUAUUUUGGUACAAAACGCAGGUGCUAAUCCAAAUCCAGGUAAAAUUAUUAAUUGCACUGAAAGUAUGUGGGAUAAAAUUAUGGACACAAAUCUUAAGGCGACAUUCUUUCUUGCAAAGGAGGUGUUGCCAUUAAUGAAAAAACGGGGAGGAGGUUCGAUUAUUUUGAUGUCUUCCGUAGGAGGAUACGAACCGUUUAAGGUAGUAGGUGCUGCAUAUAGUGUCAGUAAAACUGGAUUGUUGAUGCUUACAAAAGCAAUGGCUGGGGAAUUUGCUGAAUACAAUAUAAGAGUUAAUUGUGUCGCUCCUGGCACAAUCAAAACUAAUUUUGCACAAAUACUACUUGAGGAUUUGGAAGAGACGCUUAGGACCGUGCCUCUAAACAGAUGCGGAGAGCCGGAAGAAGUAUCAGGGGUUAUUGCAUUCCUUGCUUCGCAAGAUGCAAGUUACAUAACCGGAGAAUCUGUUGCAAUAACAGGAGGCAUGCAUACCAGACUGUAAACACCAUAACUGCAUAAAGGGUUUAAGCAAUUGUGACAACGUUUUUUUUUCAUGUUUGAGAUGUAUAGACUUUGGGUCUCACUGUCUUUGUCUGGGUGGACCCAGAUCCCAAACAUUAAUAUUUGUAGUGUUUUGAGUAAUAGAACGAUCUAGUAGGUUAUGGAAGUAUACUUCGUAGCCGUGCACAACCUGCACGCAGUUUCUCAUGUAGACCAAGCGACGAAGCAACAAUAUCUCUGAAAAAUGGCAAACGAUAUUGGUAACAUUUGUACAUAAAAAAAAGUUUAAAUUCUUUAUUGAGUUGCUAUUAAAGAAUUUUUGAAUUCCGA